GUUAAAAUAAUCUACAUUUAAUAACGGACAAACAAGAGAAUAAUUUGAAAAAAUAAAAACUAACGAAUAAAUUUGAAGAAAAAUAAUUUAAAUAAUUGCAAAAAUGGCAUUGAAUAGAGAACGGCGUACAAAUGCAGGAAAUAAAAUGGCAAAAUUAUUAAAUGAAGAAGAAGAGGAUGAUUUUUACAAAACAACUUAUGGAGGUUUUGAUGAAGUGGAACAAGAUCAUGACUAUAUGGAGGAAGAUGAAGCAGAAGAUGAAGUAGAUUCAGAUUUUAGUAUAGAUGAAAAUGAUGAACCUAUUUCUGAUACCGAACAAGAGGGACCAAAAAAAAAACGUAGAUUAGUUACAAAAGCUUACAAAGAACCUAAAGUUCAAUCCCAAUUACCAUCUAAAGAGAAAAAAAUUAGGCAACCAAGGCAAAGAAUCUUUAAUGAAAGUACAGAAAGAAAAUCUAUCCGUCGUUCUACUGCUGCUAAAUCAGCUGCAACACAAAAGAGAUUAAGUGAAAGAAAUGAGCAUCAAAAAAGGAGAACAAGAGUCAUAAGACAUGAUACAUGGAAACCUACUCAAGAAGAAUUAUUGAAAGAAGCAUUGCAAACUGAACAGAUUAAUAUGAAAUCAUUAGAAAAAUAUCAGAAAUUAGAAAAUGAAAAGAAAAAUACUAGAACUAUAAGAAAAGCCCAAACAGGACCUAUGAUUAGAUAUCAAUCAUUAGCAAUGCCUAUUAUGAUACUUUCUGAGGUAAAUUACAAUAAAGAAGAAGAUAAAAUGAAUAUAGAAAAAGAUGAAAAAAAUACAAAUUUUGAAAAUAAACGUCCAGAUGAAACAAUAGAAAAUAGUAUAACUGUAAAACCAGAAAAUGGUACAAAGGAUAUUACUAAAAAAGAAUCUUCUCAAAGUUCUAACAAAAGCAAAUAUUAUUAUGAACAAACAAAAGGAUAUUAUGAAAGAACUUUCAUUACGUUUGAAAAUGAACAAUUAUUUUCGGAAGCAUUCAAAAAAUCUUCAAUACAGAAAUCACCAAUAAAACCCUUAUGUGCAAUUACAAGGUUUCCAGCAAAAUAUUUAGAUCCUAUGACUCAUCUACCAUAUAAAAAUGUACAAACAUUUCGACUAUUACGUGAAGCAUAUUAUCAACAAUUGGAAGCUCGAACAGAUAUUAAUGAUACUUCACAAAGCCCAGAUUUAUUACGAUGGCUUGAAUGGAGACAAAAGAAUCAUGGUGGUUUAGCUCAGAGAAAUACAGUACGUCUUGAACCAGCAUCUGCGAGUAUGCUCACGUAAUUUUUUUUUGUAAUAAUAAAAUCAAAUAAUAUAUUUAUUUUUAUUAUAAUUCGAUAUUUUUAAUAUUUUCAAAUUCAAAUUUAAUUUAAAAAUAUAAAAAUAUAAAAUUUUUUAAUGAAAAAAUAGAUUUAAUAAUUAUAAAUAGAUUUUUAAUAACAAAAAAUAUGUUUUAAAAAAAAAAAUAAUGACAUAAUUUUGUAAAUAAUGAUAUAAUUUAUUAUUAUGUAUAAUAUUGAAUUAUUAUGAGUUGAAAUUCUAUAUAAUCUUAAAAUUAUAAUAAUAUUAUAAUGUAUCUAUUUAUAUAAAGUUAAAAUAUAUAUAUUUUUGAUCAUCGAAACAAAAAUUGUACAAUACACAUAUAUGUUCAAAGCAAAAGUGAUUUUAUUAAUAAAAUUAUAAAGUACAAA